AUGGCGUCAUCAGUCCGGGCCGCGGGCCGUUGGACGGGUCCGUCAGGAGCAGCGAUGUCGCCGCCGCUCUUCAGCUUGCCUGAGGCGCGGCUACGUUUCACGAACUCUACUCGAGAUGCUCUCAACAACAAAAACAUUAAACCUUUAUUGAGUGCCUUCGGCCAGAUACCUGGAAGUGAAAAUGAAAAAAAGUUUACCCUGGAUCAAGCUUUCAGAGUUGUCUUAGAAGAAGAAAUUAUAAACAAAGCUUCCUGUGAAAAUGUCCUGGCAAUAAUUUCGCUUGCUAUUAAUGGGGUCACAGAAGGUAUUUGCACUGCAUCAACCCCUUUUGUGCUGUUGGGAGAUGUUUUAGAUUGCCUUCCAUUGGAUCAAUGUGACAGAAUUUUCACAUUUGUGGAAAAAAACGUUACUACAUGGAAAUCGAAUACAUUUUACUCGGCAGGAAAGAAUUACUUGCUCAGAAUGUGCAACGACCUCUUAAGAAGAUUAUCUAAAUCACAGAAUACAGUGUUCUGUGGAAGAAUUCAGCUAUUCCUGGCUAGAUUAUUCCCUCUUUCAGAAAAGUCAGGACUCAACUUGCAAAGUCAAUUUAACCUGGAAAAUAUCACUGUUUUUAAUACCAAUGAGCAAGAGAGCACGCUGGGACAGAAGCAUGUAGAAGAGCGAGAGGAAGGAAUGGAAGUAGAAGAAGGUGAAAUGGGAGAUGAUGAAGCUCCUACAAGUUGCUCUAUCCCUAUAGAUUACAACCUGUACAGAAAGUUCUGGUCACUUCAAGACUACUUUAGAAACCCUGUACAAUGCUAUGAAAAGGUCUCGUGGAAAACAUUUCUAAAGUACUCUGAAGAAGUAUUGACUGUCUUUAAGAGCUACAAGUUGGAUGAUACUCAGGCUUCAAGGAAGAAACUAGAGGAGUUGAAAACUGGAGGAGAGCACGUUUACUUUGCCAAAUUCCUCACAAGUGAGAAGCUAAUGGAUUUACAACUGAGUGACAGCAACUUCCGUCGACACAUCUUACUGCAAUAUUUAAUACUAUUUCAGUAUUUAAAGGGACAGGUAAAAUUUAAAAGCUCAAACUAUGUUCUGACUGAUGAGCAGUCCCUCUGGAUUGAAGAUACUACGAAGUUAGUCUACCAGCUUCUUUCAGAAAAUCCCCCAGAUGGAGAGAGAUUCUCGGAAAUGGUAGAGCACAUAUUAAACACAGAAGAAAAUUGGAAUUCAUGGAAAAAUGAAGGCUGCCCAAGCUUUGUUAAGGAAAGACCAGGUGAUUCCAAACCAAUAAGGCCUUUUGUGCGAAAGAGACCAGCUCCUGAAGACUUUCUGGGGAAAGGACCUAACAAAAAAAUUCUCAUGGGAAAUGAAGAGUUAACACGGCUCUGGAAUUUAUGCCCUGAUAACAUGGAAGCUUGCAAAUCUGAGAGUCGGGAAUAUAUGCCAACAUUGGAAGAGUUCUUUGAAGAAGCUAUUGAACAGGCAGUUCCUGAAAACAUGGUUGAGAAUGAGUAUAAGGCGGUGAAUAAUUCUAAUUAUGGCUGGAGAGCAUUAAGGCUGUUGGCACGCAGAAGUCCUCACUUUUUUCAGCCCACCAACCAGCAGUUUAAGAGUUUACCAGAGUACCUCGAAAACAUGGUCAUCAAAUUGGCUAAAGAACUACCUCCUCCUUCUGAAGAAAUUAAAACAGGCGAGGAUGAAGAUGAGGAAGAUAACGAUGCUUUAUUAAAAGAAAACAACGAAAGUCCAGAUGUGCAACGGGACAAACCUGUAACAGGCGAACAAAUAGAGUUAUUUGCUAACAGGGUUGGUGAAUACUGGAAACUUCUAGCCCCGUACUUGGAGAUGAAAGUCUCUGACAUCAAGCAGAUCGAAUCAGAUAGUGAAGAUGUGAAAAUGAGAGCAAAGCAGCUCCUUGUUGCUUGGCAAGACCAAGAAGGGAUCCGGGCGACCCUGGAAAAUCUCAUCACUGCACUGAACAAAGCGGGGCUACACGAUCUUGCAGAAAGCUUGACAAAUGACACUGAAAACUACAGUUAAUUUUCUUGGAAGU